AACCCGGAUCCCAUCCUCUUGGAGCCUCUUGGUUUGCCAUAUUCCUCUGGCUCCCACUCAAAUCCUUGCCAGAAGGGAACGGACCUGCGCCGCUUUCUUUCCCUGUUCCUCCCAGAGGCCCGAGGGCGGGCAGAGCGAAAAUGCGCACUGUCCUGAGUCAGAACUCUGGCCGGGGGCGGGUCCCGCUGCGGCUGGGGGCGUCGGGGGCGGGCAGCGGGUGGCCAGUGACGCGACGGAGGCCGGGGGCGGCGGGCUGCGAGGUGACGCGCGUGGGGACCGCGCUGGCCCAGCCCACGUGUCCGCGAGAUUUAAAAGUUGGCGGCGCGCGGGGAGGUCAGCUUGGCGGCGGAGCCCCGCGAGCAGCGCGCCCGGGACGCAGAGGCACUGCCAGGGCCCCGCGUGGAGUGCUGACCCGCGCAGCUCAGGCUUCGAGCUCCGAGCCGCCAAGCGCCGAGAUGCCGCGAGCAGCGAACGGCCGCCCCCGGCCGCCCGCCGAACAGGUGGCCGCCGCGUCCCGGCCCCUGCUGCUGCUGCUGCUCGCCUGUUGCGCGGGCACCUGCCUUGGUGCUCCAAUAUUAUCUCAAGGACUACGGCCUGAACAAGAACUACAGCUGUGGAAUGAGAUAGAUGAUGCCUGUUCGUCUUUCCUGUCCCUUGAUUCUCCGCCUCAGGCAUCCAAUGCACUGGAGGAGCUUUGCAUCACAAUUAGGAGGACUCUACCAAAGCCCCAGGAAACAGAUGAAAAAGAUAAUACCAAAAGGUUCUUAUUUCAUUAUUCGAAGACACGGAAGUUGGGCAAUUCAAAUGUUGUGUCGUCUGUCGUGCAUCCGUUACUGCAGCUUGUUCCUCACCUGCAUGAGAGAAGAACGAAGAGAUUCAGACUGGACGAAGAAUUCCAAGGUCCUAUUGCAAGCCAAGUUCGGAGACAGUUUUUAUUCAGGCCACGCAAUGGAAGAAGGUCAGAAGGUUAUAUUUAAAAUGGACCAACAAUUUUCCACAGAAGCAGCAAAAUGUUGACAUUUUGUUUUCUUCUCAAAAACAAUCCUUGCUAAACUUACUGUAUUUGACAAUCCCUGUGUUGUAAACAUUCUCAAUAAAAGUUGGUUGAGAUUAUAAAAUG